GACCCGGAAGUAAAUAAACCUCACGUGUUUGGUGUGUGUGUGUGAAAAUGCCAACCGAUGUUGCAGAGAAAAGACCGAAAACGAUGCCCUCUCAGGCCGAGGAGAGGGUGGACUGGAAGAAAAGGAAGACAGAAAUAAAAGAGGCUAAGAAGCAAACGAAAGAAGCCAAGCUCAUCAAACAGCUGGAGAAGCAGAAACGACGAGAGUCCGCAGAGAAAGCGAAACACGAGCCGAGCCCGAACAAAAAAGGUCGGGCGUACACUGUGAGCGUGGCUCUGCCAGGCUCCGUCCUGGAUAACGCUCAGUCCACUGAGCUUCGUACGUACCUGGCCGGACAGAUCGCCCGAGCCUGUGUCGUGUUCUGUGUCGACGAGAUCGUCGUGUUCGAUGAAUAUGGGGAAGACGUCACGAGCGUUGAAGGAGAGUUCAAAGGUGUUGGGAAGAAAGGACACGCUUGUAUUCAGCUUGCCAGAAUACUUCAGUACCUGGAAUGUCCCCAGUAUCUGCGCAAGUGGUUUUUCCCAAAACAUCAAGACUUGCAGUAUGCAGGCUUGCUCAACCCUUUAGACAGUCCUCACCACAUGAGGAUGGACGAUGAAUCAGAAUACCGGGAAGGAAUCGUCCUCGACAGGCCGAACAAACCAGGAAAAGGCUCAUUGGUCAACUGUGGGAUGAGAAAGGAUGUUCGGAUUGAUAAACAGCUGCAGUCUGGACUUCGAGUCACGGUGAAGCUUAAUAAUACACAAAAGCAAGAGAGCAAACUGUGUAAAGGCGUCGUGGUGCCUCCUCAUCUGCCCCGGACCGAAGGAGAUAUUUACUGGGGUUACAGUGUCCGUCUGGCCUCUUGUCUCAGUGCAGUUUUCACUGAGAGUCCACAUGCAGAAGGAUACGACCUGACUGUUGGCACAUCAGAGAAAGGCAGCAGCAUGGACCAGACAACGCUGUCACCAUUCAAGCAUCUUUUGGUCGUCUUUGGAGGUCUUCAGGGACUGGAGGCCAGUGUGGAUACGGACCAGAACCUGGAAGUGACUGACCCCAGUGUGUUAUUUGACCUCUACCUCAACACAUGCCCUAACCAGGGCAGCAGGACCAUCCGUACAGAGGAGGCCAUCUUGGUUUCCAUGGCAGGGCUUCGACAGAAGAUCACAGCUGCCUUUACAGAUGUUUCCAAUGGUUCAUUAAAGAAUUAGUGAUCAAAGAAAGUAAACAAAGACAUUUUAUCAUCUCGUACUCACCAUGAAGUUGUUCAUUUUCCAAUUAGACCCUUUUGUAGCAUUGCUAACUGUUAAAACAGCUUUUAUUACAAACAUCCCAAUCACUGCAUAAGUCUCUUUGUGUUGUUAUAUUGUCUUUGUUCUCUGAGUCUGUAUUUGUACAUUUAACAAAUUGUAUAUAUUUCAAUACAAAAACUACCCACAGGC